CAGCUUUUAUUCUACGGCAAAUGGUUCUUUUUCACGGUAGUUCUUUCAGGGAAGGAGAAAAAUGAGAACGAAUUAACAAAACAAAGACCGUACGUGUCUAUGUGUGUGUGUGUAUAAAGCCUCCUCCUUGCAUCACCCGCCCAUCUCCUGUUAAUCCCUGCUGCUAAACUAAUCGCCUUCCCUGCUUGCCAAGUUGCCAUUGCCAAGAAGAGGAGCAGAGCAAGCGAUCGCCGAUCAGCAGGCAGCGCGCAGCUGCUGCGAUGAGCCGAGGCGGCGGCGGGAAGCACCUCCACCACCACGUGAGCUGGCUGUGGCGUGCGCCGCGGCGGGCGCUGUGCGCGGCGCGGGACCUGUACGUGCGCAGCCUGACGGGGUGCGCGGGCUACCUCCCGGGGGACGCCGCCUUCGGCUACCCGUCCUUCGCCGCGGCCCCGCCGGGGUUCCGCGUCGACAGCUUCGCCUCGUCCCGCCGCUCAUCCUCCGGUGGCGCCGACGCCGACGAGGACCUGCGGGAGCUCAUCCGCGCCGCGUCGCAGCGGAGGGCGGCCGAGGCCGCGGCGGAGCGGCACCCGGCGGCCGUGCCGCGGAGCCACAGCGUGGCCAUGGCGCGGAUCGACGAGGACCGGCCCUGCGACUUCGCCUCCGCCGCCGCCGUCGUGUUCCCCAGGAGCCGAAGCUACGCCGCCGGGGCAGCAGGGCGGAGGGGCAGGGUGGCCGCGCUCGCCGCCUGAUCGAUGGUUCUUGCCGCGCAGCGCGCGGCCACAGAGAGCUCUGCAACUGCCAGGAGAUGGGAUCCUUGUGAUGAACAGAAAAUUACUGUAUUCGUGCCAGCGUUCAUAGCAUACUCGAUUCUUUCCUCUGUUUUUUUUCCUUAAGGAUUUUUUUAGGCUGCAGAAAUCUGCAGCUGCGUUCUGUAAUUUGCCAUGAAAUUUUUACUGUUGCUGGGUGCUGUAAAUAAUGGCACAUGAUGAAAAUUUUUCACUUUUUGCUGGAUUAAAAGAACUACUAGAAUUUCUUUUUGGACGUGGAUGUUAGGUACACUUGCUGCUACUUCUGGCCGAAUCCUCCAAUUCUCUUCGGUCGAUGAAGGUCAGCAAGGUUGCCUUACCUGCAGGGGUUUCAUUUCAUCGGUACUGAAAUGAAGCUUUCAUAUGAAACAGUCCAGUAUGAACAAGGUUGCUAGCAUGGCAUAUUUCAGUUGCUCUACUA